UAUUAUAUAAAAUUAUAUAUUUCCUGGUUAAUUUUAAGGAUAUUGUGGUUAUUUUUAACCAUGUGAUAUCGCAGGAAAUGAAGUUUUUGUUAGUACAUAAAAUAAAAGUCAAGUUGAGAGUAGAGAAAAAUGUAUUUGAAUGUAGUAGGGGUACCCCCUCUCAUACAGACGCCGCGUGCUCGUAUAAAUGCACAAGAGCGUCGCACGAAAAAGCCACUCCCUUACACGUGUUGAAUGGAGAAUAAUCUUGUGCAUUCUUUUGUUUUUUGCAGCACUAAAAUAAAAACAAAACAUAAACUAAUAUCAAAAAGUGUUCAAGCAAUUACCUAUUAAUUGUUUUAAACAAAAAAAAAUAAUAAAAAUUUUAUUAAAAAGUGUAAAAAAUAUUCAUACUCAUUUCUGUUGUCAAAUUUCCGGUUAGUCUUCUUCAAACGAAGAAGAGAACUGUGAGAAAAGUGAAAGCUCCAUCAUCGAUUGAGAUCUCUAAGAGAAUUCGAGAAUAUUGUGGUAAAAGUGUGUUAAAAAAGAGUCAAUCAUAUAAACUGUUAUAAAUUGAAUAAAGUGUUAAUUAAAAUAAAUAAAAAAUAAUAUUCGCUGAUAUAAAUGAUAAAGAAUUUAGAAAUAAAACAACUGAAAAUAAAGAGAAAGCUCAUAACUCUUAGUAAAUGCUGUGGAGAUAAGAAGAAAAAAAAUUGAAGAAAUAUGGGAAUUGUUUCAUCUACCUUACUCUCUGUGGCUAUCCAGCUAGCUUGGAACUGUCAACGUUUCUUGGACCCACGCUACAGAGAUGUCGAGCCAAAGAAAUCUACUGAGAUUCUACCUUCUUCUGGACAAAUACGUGGAAGUAGAGUCGAUGAAGCAGUUGGGAAUCAAGUCGCAAUUGCUAGACCUGAAAUGGUUUCCACCCACCAGGAAAAUAGAAAUAGACGAGCUGCUCAGCUUAGGUACAGAAGAAAACGACCUUCAAGCUUCGAUGCAUCUUUGAUUGUUAAGAGUAUGAAUAAAAAUGGAGUUAUUUUAUCGACUGGACGAAGAGUUGUUUCAUCAAAUCCUUGCACACUUAAGAGACAACCAGCGCCUGAAUGGAACGAUUCAUCAUCAUGUUUAUCAUCAUCAUCAUCUUCAAUGUCUUCUCAUGAUGAUUCCGAUGUCGAAAUAACCACUAAAAGGAAAACGAAAACUUUAGAGAGAACGCAAACGUUGCCAGAAAAAAGUCCUGAUAAAGAUGAUGAUGACAUCAGUGGAGAAGAAUACGGAAUGUCAGCUGCAGAAGAAGCAGCUUUUAGAAUGACUGUAGGCAGAGGAUAUUUCAGUAAAUCUAAGAAGGAUGAAUUCUUGAAUCAUUUAAGACUAGAAAAACGACUAAAUGACCUUAACCGCGAAUUUUUUGAUCUUGCAUGUCGAGCACAUGCACGAUCAAUUCAUCGACAUCAUUCAGGAGAUCUGCAAAGGAAGAUUCUUUAAUUGAUAAAAGAGUUUGAUUAUAAUAUAUAUUUAUUUUACGAUGAUAAUCUCUAAUAGAACUCGUAGUUCGCACAAAAUAUAUUAAACCAAUCAUAAUGUUAAAAUUUAUGACUAGGAUGUUAAUCAAACAUGAAAAUAAGACUGAAAAUUGAUCAUUAAUGGUUCAUUUCAAUAUUUGUUUAUAUAACUAGUCUUUGAAUGACACAGAAAAGUCGAAUUUUUUAUUUUAAAUACAUUUUGGGACUUAAAUUUGGUAUAAGGUCAUUAG